GUCAAAAUUUCCAAAACCUUACUUCCAGCCUCAACUACCAGCACACCGCACCGCCUUUUAAAUUAAAUACUAAGUACCUUACGUCUUAUAAUUGACAUUAUGGGUAAAUCCAACAAGAGGGCAAACGUCAAGAACCACCCGAAUCCGAUCGCAAAGCCAGUUAAACCGCCCACCGACCCAGAACUCGCAGCCGUUCGAGAGAAACAAAUUCUUCCCGUCAUUAAUGACUUAAAAAGCCCCGAAGUGAGCAGGCGAUCUGCUGCGGCGAUUGCCAUUGCAAACUUAAUUGAAGAUACGAAAUGCCGAAAGCUUCUGCUGAGGGAACAAGUGGUGGGAAUCUUGCUCGAGCAAACCAUAACAGAUUCGUCUUUGGAAUCCAAGAGUGCGGGAUGGGGCAUAUUGAGAAACCUGGCGCUGGAAGAGGAGGCGGACUUUUCCAUACAUCUCUACAGGCAAGACAUUCUGACGCCUAUCACUGCAAUCAUCCAAAUGAUAAUUGAGACUAUUGAAUCGAAAGAAAACCCAAUAGCUAAGCUCCCAAAAGCUCAGCAGUCUCUUCUAUGGACCUUAAGCAGUUCUGUAGUUGGCUUAUUAACAUCUCUCGGCGAAGCCCAAGAAGAGAUAGUUGAGGCUAUUUCCAACCUGCCGAGCAUCCUCAACUUUUUGUUCGGCCUUCUCAAUGUUCCUGCGGUCCCAGGAGAACUUUUUACCGACGUCUUAACUUGUAUCUCCACUCUGACAGAGUAUAACAAGGUCCUUGCACAGCAGAUUGUUGGGAACGAGUCUUGGCUCAUGAGCCUCAUGCAGCUCCGAGAAUUGGCUGGUCCGAGAGCAGUACCUGCUUGCGCGGUUCUCCACAACAUCUUCACAUGCUUGGAGUGGUUUGACCACAACACUCCUAUGGAAGGAGCAUCGGACGCUAUUUUAAUACCAACUCUCGUGCAGUGCAUGAGCCAGGUUCAAGGCGAAGACAAUCUUUCAAACGGCUCCAAUCAUCUUAACACAGAUCAAAUCCUCCAGUUGGCAUUAGAGAUCACAGCAUCCAUUGCUACGAGUCUCCAGGAAGCCCUAGAGCAUGGUGCCAAGCAUGAGAAGGAAUUUGAGGGAUUCGACGACAAAGCGGAUGGGGAGGAUGAAAUCAUGGCGGACGAUAUCAAUGACGACGCUUCAGAUGACGAAGAUGAAGAUGAGGUUAAUGAAGAGGACAAGGAGGAAGAUGAGAUGACGAUAGCAGAGAUAGCAGAAGAUAUGGAUCGCGUAAUCGGCGAUGGUUCGGAUGACGAAGAGGAAGAGGGCUCUGAAGACGUCCCACCCACCCUCGACGCACUCAUCCGCGUCGCCUCUCCAUUCCUUCUCAAGCUCGCUCAAACUGAUAACGAGGCAGUUCAGAGCGGUGCCAUCUCAGCCUUGAACAACAUUGCAUGGACAAUUUCCAACGUCGACUUCUCGACUGCUUCGGGUCGCUUAAAGAAAUCUUGGUCGCCUCUUGCUCAGCAAAUUUGGUCAGAGGUUGUCACCCCCGUGCUUGCUUCAAACACAGCCGAUAUCGAGCUUGCUUCCUCAAUCACUAGCCUCGCUUGGGCUGUGGCACGGAGCGUCCAAGGGCACGUUAAACUUUCGGGUGAUGAGCACAGGAAGUUUAUGGCGCUUUACCAGGCUUCCAAGGAUAUCCCUGCACCAACCGACACAGAGGGCGUGGAUCCAUUCCAAGGACUUGGUGUCAAAUGCGUCGGUGUCCUUGGUCGCCUUGCGCUUGACCCAGCACCGCUAGCAUUAAACCGCGAGAUUGGAGUGUUCUUGCUCACUGUCCUUGCUGGGUUGCCUGAGACCCCUGCUGCAGAUGCAGUGGAGGCACUGAACGAGAUCUUUGAUAUAUACGCGGACAAAUCAUAUGCCUGCGAUGAAGUAUACCGGAAUGAUGGAUUCCAUAAGCAUUUAGAGGAGCUAAAAGUGAAGGUUACCAAGGCAGCGAAGGGGGUUGACAGGAGGAAAGAGACGGAACUCAGGUCGAGGGCUGAUGAGGCAGGGUUGAAUCUAACGAGAUUUCUGGCCUACAAAAAGAGGGAGCAGAAGAAUUAGGUGUUGAUAUGGGAUACUAGAUAUGACGUAGAUAUCACGAUGUAGAUAGGUCGGUGACAGGAUUACCGCAGAAUGAAGCCCUUUAAGAAGCAUG